GGGUACAACAGAAGGCAGACAAAGGGAAAGAGGAGAGGCAGAUAAGGAAAGAAAUCGCAUGAAUCAGUAGCAACGACUGUCCAUAGUGCGUGUGGCUGGAGACGCAGCGCUAGUGUCUUUCUGGCUCUCCCAUUCCGUUCCCAGACAGGUGUGACAGGACUCCCGCAAUAUGAUGCCAGGAAUAUGGAGAUCCGCGUGUCUGUCCGUGUUGCUGCUGCUGCUCGGCUGCUCGAGCUCUCUAGUCUGGGGGCGCAGGCUGAGCCAGGAGCCCGGGGACAUCUCGUUUGAGUAUCACCGUUACCCGGAGCUGCGCGACGCCCUGGUGUCUGUGUGGCUGCAGUGUCCGUCCAUCAGUCGCAUCUACACCGUGGGACGGAGCUUCGAGGGUCGGGAGCUGCUCGUCAUAGAGAUCUCCGACAACCCCGGGGAGCACGAGCCGGGUGAACCCGAAUUUAAAUAUGUUGGAAAUAUGCAUGGAAACGAAGCUGUUGGAAGAGAGCUGCUUAUAUAUUUUGCCCAGUAUCUGUGCAAUGAGUAUCAGAGGGAAAAUGAAACCAUUGUCAAUCUGAUCCACAACACUCGUAUCCAUAUUAUGCCUUCUCUGAAUCCCGAUGGCUUUGAGAAAGCUGCCCAGCAGCCUGGAGACAUAAAGGACUGGUUUGUAGGACGUACUAAUGCUCAGGGCAUAGAUCUGAACAGAAACUUUCCUGAUCUUGAUCGCAUUGUAUAUUUAAAUGAGAGGGAAGGAGGCACAAACAAUCAUCUGCUGCAAAACCUAAAGAAGUCUGUUGAUGAAAACGCAAAGCUGGCUCCAGAAACAGUAGCUAUAAUUCACUGGAUUAUGGAUAUCCCAUUUGUCCUUUCUGCCAACCUUCAUGGAGGAGAUCUAGUUGCAAACUAUCCAUAUGACAAGACACGCAGUGGAAGUACACAUGAGUACAGCGCGUGCCCAGAUGACAGUGUUUUCCAAAGCUUAGCCCGGGCCUACUCAUCCCUUAACCCUACCAUGUCAGACACAGACAGGAAGCCAUGCCGCAAAUCUGACGAUGACACCAGUUUCGUUGACGGGACAACAAAUGGUGCAGCUUGGUAUAGUGUACCUGGAGGUAUGCAGGAUUUUAACUACUUGAGCAGCAAUUGUUUUGAGAUAACAGUUGAGCUUGGCUGUGACAAGUUUCCUUCAGAAGAAAUGCUGAAGUCCUACUGGGAAGAUAAUAAAGAUUCUUUAGUAAACUAUUUGAUGCAGGUGCAUCGUGGUGUAACGGGAUUCGUUAAAGAUCAUCAUGGCCUUCCAAUUGCCAAUGCUACUAUAUCUAUUGAUGGAAUCGACCAUGACGUGACUUCAGCAAAGGACGGUGACUACUGGAGGCUGCUGGCACCUGGCAAUUAUAAAAUUACAGCUUCAGCACCUGAGUAUCUGGCUGUUACAAAGAAAGUAGCUGUUCCUUAUAGCCCGGCUGUUAGGAUUGACUUUGACCUUGAGUCCUUGUCAGAAAGGAAGGAGGAAGAGAAAGAAGAGAUGAUGGAAUGGUGGAAGAUGAUGUCACAGACUUUGAAUUUUUGAAAAAUAAAAAUGAAAAAGUCAGUAUAUAGAAAAGCGGUUUCAACAUAUUUCUAGAAAUGCGUGUGCUUAAAUACAAGAGUGUGUUGUACAUACACAUUACAUAUACAUUACUAGAAAUGUUGCAAUAUGUGUAAUUUUUAUUAUGUAAUAUGUUUCCCUUUCCUGUAAUAGAAAUAGAUGGAAAACUGCACUCCUUAGAAUUGCUAAGCUUUUGGCUAAUAAUGUAGAGGUUACUGCUGUGAAAAAAGCAACAAAUAGUUUUAAAUACUGUAAUUAAUACAUAGAAAUGGGAGGCCAGAAAAGGAGCAGUUCUGUAGAAAUGCAGUAUUCUGUGUGUAGAGUCAUGUGUAGAGUCCUUUUGAGUUCAUACAACAGUAUAGCACAGCUGCUGCCAAAAACACUUGGCAGUAUACAUAUAUAUGUAUAAAAAUGAUCUCAAUUCCAUUUAGUGUGGGUGCUGUAAGGAAAUGUAUAUUGGCAUGGAAAUUUAUUUUUAGUUUUAUCCAUAAAAGAAUGUAAAUUAAAUCCCAAUGUCGCCUCCAGAUAGGAAAUAUUUCUAGACAAUAUUACAUUUCUGGUUUAUGCAUUAAUCAAUGAGAGUGCCUGACUCAUUCACUUGACUGCACAGAAAAACUUCCAUGAAUAGGACAAAUUCAUCAGAACAGUCUAGUUAGAAGUCUGCGUUUACCUUAUAUUUAGGUAACUCCUUCCCCUUUAAUCUACAAGGUGAAGGAGUUACCUUAUAUUUGGGUAACUCCUUCACCUUGUACAUUAAAGGAGAAGUAAAGUCUAAAAUAGAAUAAGGUUAGAAGUGCUGUAUUUUGUAUGCUGAACAUACACAUCAACUUACUGCAGCACAAGCCUAAUCAAACAAAUGAUUUAUGCUUUCAAAUUUGGCCACAUGGGGGUCACAUUCUUGUAACUUUGUUAAACAUCUUUGCAAGACCAAGACCAUGCACAUGCUCAGUGUGGUCUGGUCUGCUUAGGGAUCGUCAUAAAUUAUUAAAACAGCACAAGUCAAAUAAUAUCUGCCAGAAGAGGAUACAGCAAGACUGAUUAAUAAUCAGAAUAUGCAGACUGCACUGGGUCCUGUGUUGUCAUGUAAUCUAAUGUGGAUUUUAUAGUUGUUGUAUUGUUUAAUACAAACUUUCUCCAACUCUGCAGAACCAGUGGCUGCAGCAAAAUAAUCCUUCAAUGAGAAUCCCAGUUUAUCUGUUUAAAUCUGGCUCCAUGAUCUUUGUCCCUGCAGCUGGAGUUGGAAACAGUAAAGGGGAUGUAAAGGCAAAAAUAAAAUCCAAUACAAAUCUCUACACAGUCGCCGACUGCUCUUCAGGGAAACAAACAAAGCUGCUUGAGUUCUGCAUGGCUGGGAAGUAAGGCGGGGGCUCCCCCUGCUGUUCAUAAGUAUGAUUGUUUCUCUGCAGAGCAGUUAGGGACCGUCUAACAAUUCGUAUCCACAGCAGUAAAUGAAGGGAGAAUUUCACUGCAUACAGUCAGGUUUCUAAUAAAAACUGUACACAUUUUUUUAUUAAAGUAUAUUAGAGAUAGGUUUCUUUUUCAUUAAAGAACGUAAAAAUAGGAGUUUUUGCCUUUACAUGCUCUUUAACUGUUAGCAUUGAAAAUAUGGGGUGCCUCACAUUGUAUGGCAUUUGAGUGAAACAAAGUAGACACUGAAAAGCUAAGUGACCAGCAAGAGGAUUUGUUCAGCUUUGUUCAAAAUAUACAUGAGGUAAGUUUCUAGAUAUCCACCAGUAAAAAGAUCUGCAAUGGGCGAUAUUAUGAGGGGGAGCCAUAUUCGCUGCUUAUUACCCCAAAAUACAUUUUCAAACUCCCCACUGGGUGUUAACCAACCAAAAGUGAAACUUACAGGGAGAAUACUGCUGAAAGUUAAACAGUGAUUUGUAUUGAGAGUAAAGCUGGCCAUAGACACACAGAUAUCACCUUAUAUAAAACAAGGCUUCAUAAGAUUCUCUGACUGUGGACUCAAAAUAAUUGUCCAAACAUUUUCUCUAUCAUGUAUUGCCUGUCUGACGACAUCCAUGUGUGAAUGUCACUACUAUUUCUGGGUCAUGAUUUUGGUACGACCUCUGUCAAUUAAUAUCCAGAACAUCAUUUGAUUUGUUAUUUUUCCUACUUUAAUUCUACAAUUGAAAUUUGAAUGGUCAGUUUUAGAUACGAACUAUUGCUAUGUGACCGUUCAGCAAUCAAAGACUAAACUGUGAACAUGUAUGGCCAUCUUAAGAUUGAUAGUCACACCUUGGUUGAUAGAACUUUGCCACUUGUAAAAUAGUGUAGAAUACAAUUAAGAAGAAAUAAAAAAAAUCCUAACCAAGUUUAUAAGAAAAGAGUACAUGUAAAUAGAAGCUUAGCAUUGAAGCAAGGGAAGACCAAUUGUAAGCAAUAUCUAACAAGAUGGUUGGUGUGGAAUAGUGUUAAAGAUGAAUAUUUGUAGAGGAUUUCUUAAACAAAUGCAUGAGAGAUAAGUCUACCUUCGUGGUUCAAACCGGUUUUGGGGUGACAGGCCAACUUGAUAACCAAACUAAUGUUUUUAUGCUCAUUAGCCUGAAUCCUGGAGAAAUAGCUCGAUUUCUGUUGAAUAUUCUCUAAAAAAUUCAAGUAUUUACCCUCAUUUCCCCUGAUAAUAUUCUUGAAAACAAUCAAGGGAAUGAAAGAGCUUUGUAAAACAAAGAAGAAUGCACAGAGCUAAACUUGCCAUAUGUAAUGCCCAAUGAUUCAUAGCAACAAGCACAAUAAAGUUCCAUCAGCACAGAA